AGCGGGUUCAGAUGGUCUAAACUGAACCUUAUCGCGAUAGAUAAGUGUAAAGUCCGAAAAUUGAAGCUUUUACAGGCGAACUAAUUUUCCAGACUAUUUCUAUUUCGAAUAGAUAUUUCAACAUGAGAAAUUGCGCGCAUGACUAUUACAUCGAACAUCACGCAUACCGUGUAUAAUUCCUAAAGGAAUAAUGGCAUCCGAUUCAAUUCAACUUUGCUAACAAACACGAAUAUCAUCUCACUGCCGAAGACCUUUCACGAUGACCUCGCUACAUCCGCUAGUGCCGUCUCCCAGGCUCCUCAGAUUCCUUCGCCUACAAUCGGAAAGCUUUAGCUUUUUCAGUUGGAGCCAUGAUAGUAGUAAGAACCUUGGCCAGGCGGCGCGUAAGGUUCUAUGCGCGACCAGAAGACCCCAGAAGAGUCCUCCACGGGUAGAUUGUACCAUGGACUUUUCGCAAAAUACGUCAUUACAAGCCGGCAUGUUAGAUUUGGAUUUGCUCAUACAAUCGCGCGGUAACCAAGCCUCACGAGGCGUUCGCCAGAGAAAUCUUCCAUACUUCUUGCCAAAUAUAGGCCUGCGAUAUAGCUCCUCAACCCGACCCCCAACAAAAUGCCAGUCGACGUGGAGAGAUAAACUCUGGGGCUUUGGUACAAAGAAGGAGGGCAAACCAUUGGAGCCGGAUGACCUUCCCAACGACUCAGACAGAGGCCCAGAUAAUAAUUCCAUGUUCAAUAUGCGACGGCAGCUCAGUCAGAAAGCUGCCUUGGAGCCGAGAUUGCGAUGUACCGAAGUCGACGAAAAUGGCAACGCCAUAUUGGUAGAUGGCGAAUUUAAGAAGAGCGAGCUCAUCGCAAGGUUUGGCUUGUUACCUCGAGAUCUACGCAAGAUCGAUUCCUCCAACUUACCACAUAUCCUCGUCCGACCAACCGCUAUCUUGCUUAACUUACUACACUUAAAAGUGUUAAUAAAGUACAACCGGGUCUUACUAUUCGAUGCGUACGGCUCCAAGGCAUCUUAUCCCCAGUCGGCGUUCAUGUACGAUCUACAAGGCAAGCUUCAGCAGAAAGUGCCUGGAAACGGCGGCCUACCAUACGAGUUCCGCGCUCUAGAAGCCGUCCUGCAAUCCGUCACCCAAGAACUUGAGGCAGAUUUCGAGGCGGUUCGCGAUCCGGUAAUCCGUAUAUUGAGCGAGCUUGAGGACGACAUAGAUCGACACAAGUUGCGAAUUCUUCUCGUUCUAUCCAAGCGAGUGAGCACUUUUGAACAGAAGGCCAAGCUUGUCCGAGACGCUAUCGAGGAACUCCUUGAAGCAGACGACGACUUGGCCGAUAUGUACCUGACCGAGAAAACACACGAGAUCCAUCGCGAACUCGACGACCACACCGAAGUCGAGAUGCUCCUAGAGUCAUAUCAUAAACUCUGCGACGAAAUCGUCCAAGAGGCGCAGAAUCUAGUGUCAAGCAUUCGGAACACCGAAGAAAUUAUUCGGGCAAUCUUAGAUGCCAACCGCAACUCUCUCAUGCUCCUAGAUCUAAAAUUCAGCGUCGGAACACUAGGUCUAGCUAUGGGUACAUUCAUCGCCGGUCUCUACGGCAUGAACCUCGAGAAUUUUAUCGAAGAGACACACUGGGGCUUUGCGGCCGUCACGGGCGCCUCUAUCUUGUUCUCUCUUUGGGUAUGCAAGUACGGCUUGGCUAAACUUAGAAAGGUCCAGCGCGUCAAAAUGCAGACCGACAGCAUAAAAGGCAGCGAUAACGGGUACCACUGGUUCCACGACGAAGGAAACGUAGGACUUUUGGACCCCCGUAAUCGGGAAAUGUUAAGACGGCUUAACAUGAAGAAGCAAGAGGCCGAGAAGAAGAAAAUAUGGUGGUGAGACGCUUGAUAAUGAGCUAUACGGGGAAUGUUCUAUUAGAGAAUUGGGUCAGGCUUGCGUAUGAUCACAUUUUGGGCGUUAUGACGGGGUCGGCAUUUCCCGGGGCAUAGUAGGCUGGUUCAAGAGUCUGUACACUGUGUGAUAGACUUUAGGACUUAAAAGGUAUUCUCAUCUCCUUACAUUGAGGGACGUCCUAUAGAUACCCAUCGUAGACCGGCGGACUGGUCCUAGAUAUAUUAUCUUAGAAAGGUCCUCAGGGACGUCACAUCA